AUGUGGCGAACAAGCAGGACAUACGCAACAGUCUCAAAAAAUUAUCCAUCUAUAACUCCACCUUAUUCGCAUUUGAUCAAACAACUACAGCGAGUCAGCGAUGUACUUCCGAAGACUCAGCGUGGUCAGCUUACCCUCACCGAGAAAAUCUUCUUCAGUCAUCUUGAUCCUGCCACAAUCUCUUCACAAAGUCUUCGUCGUGGGGAAUCUUUUGUCAAAUUGAAGCCGGACCGGGUGGCCAUGCAAGAUGCCUCCGCUCAGAUGGCACUGCUUCAGUUUGCGACAUGUGGGAUGAACUCGAGUGCUGUUCCAGCUUCAAUUCACUGUGAUCACCUGAUUUCGGCCGCUGAGGGGGCCAACGCAGAUCUUGCACGCGGUAUCAAUUCAUCCAAAGAGGUUUUUGAUUUUCUCGAAAGUGCGGCAAGAAAAUACGGUCUUGAGUUUUGGAGACCUGGGAGUGGAAUCAUUCACCAAAUUGUUCUCGAAAACUAUGCUGCUCCUGGUCUGUUUAUGCUGGGUACCGACUCACACACACCUAAUGCUGGUGGACUAGGCGCGGUUGCGAUCGGGGUUGGUGGAGCAGAUGCAGUGGAUGCGAUGACAAACACACCCUGGGAGACUAAACUACCCAAGAUCAUCGGGGUUGAAUUAAAAGGCAAGAUGAACCCGUGGACAAGCCCAAAGGACCUGAUCCUCCAUAUUCUCGGCAAGCUUACUGUGCGAGGUGGUACCGGCUUUGUGAUUGAGUACUAUGGCGAGGGUGUUGAUCAUCAAUCCGCUACUGGCUUAGCCACGAUUUGUAACAUGGGCGCUGAGAUGGGUGCCACGACAUCAUUAUUCCCCUACACCUCACAGAUGCGGACUUAUCUCAAAGCUACCAAUCGUGCCCCAGUUGCUGAGGCAGCUGACGAAGCACAAGCUCACGGAUUCCUCUCAGCCGAUCCCAACUGCCAUUACGAUCAGCACCUUUCCAUCGACCUCUCGUCACUGGAGCCACAUAUCAAUGGCCCUCAUACUCCAGAUCUAGCCACCCCGCUGAGCAAAUUCAAGUCGUUUAUAGAGGAAAACGGCUGGGAAGACCGAGUUAGCGCAAGUUUAAUUGGAAGUUGCACAAAUAGUAGUUAUGAGGAUAUGUCUAGAGUGGCGAGUAUCGCUCGACAAGCAAUAGCCAAAGGUAUACGGGCCAAGACACCAUUCAUGGUCACACCCGGAUCUGAAUUGAUCAAUGCCACGAUUGCCAGAGAUGGAAUCAAAGGUACCCUGGAGUCCGUCGGCGGCCUUGUGUUGGCCAAUGCGUGUGGACCCUGCAUUGGCCAAUGGGACCGCACAGAAGAAUCAGGAAAGGAAAAUGCUAUUUUAACCUCUUUCAACCGAAACUUCCGAGCAAGGAAUGAUGGAAACAGAAAAACAAUGAACUUUCUGGCUUCCCCGGAGAUCGUUACUGCUAUGGCGCUUUCAGGCAAGCUUUCGUUCAAUCCGAUCACAGACACCUUAGAGGACUCGGAAGGCAACCCAUUCAAACUCGAUCCGCCCGUGGGCGAACGUCUCCCGGUCAGCGGGUUCGAAAACGGAGAUAUCAGCUACAUCCCAACACCAGAUCCAACACCAGAUCCGACCACAGAGAUCAAAAUUGACCCACAAUCCACUCGUCUUGAACUUCUACAGCCUUUUGAGCCACAUUGGCCCGACGCUACCAAGCCUUUAGAGUUCGAAGGCCUCCGAUGUCUUUUACGGAUCCGUGGCAAGUGCACAACUGACGAAAUUUCCGCUGCCGGAAAGUGGCUUAAAUUCAAGGGUCAUCUCAGCAACAUCAGUGAAAACACAUUGAUUGGCGCCACUAAUGACGAAACAGGUAAAGUCAACACUGCGCUCGACGGAGAAACAGAAGACACUAUCCCAAAUGUUGCCAAGCGGUGGAAAGCCAAGGGCCAGGGAUGGAUGAUCGUGACAGACUCCAAUUACGGAGAAGGCUCUGCGCGUGAACACGCUAGCAUGCAGCCUCGAUUCUUAGGCGCCAAACUCAUCGUUGCAAAAUCUUUUGCACGUAUUCACCUAGCUAACCUCACCAAGCAGGGAAUCGUCGGUUUAGUCUUGAAGAAUCCUGACGCUGAUUAUCCUCUUAUAAGUGCUGGAGAUCAAGCAACCACGGCUGGCUUGGACGCUGUACUGAGGGGUGGAUUGGAUAAACAAGUGAAGCUGCUGGUUCAUAAGCCUGAUGGGCGAGUUCUUGAGAUUGAAACCGUUCAUGGUCUGAGCGAGCAAACUAUCAAGUUCAUUGUAGCUGGUAGUGCACUAAAUCUGAUUCGACAGAAUGCUAGUGCUGCACAGUCAUAG